AUGUCCACAGAAAACGUCGCCGCAGCUUCCGCCACCGUCGCAGUCAAACUUCCGGACUUCUGGAAGUCGGAUCCGGCGAUGUGGUUCGCGCAAGCUGAAUCCCAGUUUGUGUUGGCCGGAGUCAACAAAGACGAAACGAAAUUCCACCACAUCGUUGCUAAAAUUGACCAGACCGUGAUUUGCCACGUGGCUGACCUGGUCAGGAAGCCUCCUGAGGCGGGGAAGUACGAGGCCAUCAAGGAACGUCUCAUCGUCCGUUUCGAACUUACGGCGCAAGAGAAAAUGGAAAAGCUGCUCGGAACUUGCGACUUGGGCGACUUCCGCCCCACGCACCUUUUGUCCAGGAUGCAGGAGCUGGCUUCCGGACUUAAGGUCGACGACUCGCUGCUGAGAAUGCUGUUUUUGCAACGACUUCCGGCGAACAUGCGUUCAGUACUCAGCAUUAACGAUGGAAGUCUUUCGAAGCUAGCGGAAAUGGGUGAUAAAAUGGCGAAACUGGUUCCACAAACUUCCGCUGUCAAAACCUCUGCGGAACCAGAUUCGCAGGAAAGCCUGGUGGAUCAAGUCGCCACCUUGACAGCCGAGCUGCGACGAAUGAAGGCACAACCGGAGCGGCGUCGAUCUCGUUCCGCUUCCCGUAAGCGCGAUGAAGAAAACAGCAUCUGCUGGUAUCAUCGCAAGUAUGGUAGCCGAGCUGACCGCUGUCGAAGCCCCUGCAAGUUCCACCAGUCAAAAAACUAG